UGCGUAGCUCAAGCAAAAGUAGCGAAAAGGGGGAAUGUCGGCUUGUGAAUGAUCGGUGUUUGAGGCGGCAGGGACCGUUAACGUUAUGGCUCAACAAAAGAACCUGGAUGGAUAUGUUGGCUUUGCAAGCCUCCCCAAUCAAGUGUACAGAAAGUCUGUGAAGAGGGGCUUUGAGUUCACCCUGAUGGUUGUGGGCGAAUCCGGCCUGGGGAAGUCGACUUUGAUUAACUCGCUGUUCCUAACAGACCUGUAUUCAGCAGAGUAUCCUGGACCUUCACACAGAAUCAAAAAGACUGUACAGGUGGAGCAAUCUAAAGUCUUAAUAAAGGAAGGAGGCGUCCAGCUGCUGCUCACAAUAGUUGACACCCCGGGGUUCGGAGAUGCGGUUGACAACAGCAACUGCUGGCAGCCAAUCAUCGACCACAUAGACAGCAAGUUUGAAGACUACCUGAACUCAGAAUCACGGGUGAACAGACGACAGAUGCCUGACAGCCGGAUCCACUGCUGCCUUUAUUUCAUCGCUCCCUCCGGUCACGGACUGAAGCCCUUGGACAUCGAGUUCAUGAAACGGUUGCAUGAAAAAGUCAAUGUCAUCCCGCUGAUCGCCAAAGCAGACACUCUGACCCCAGAGGAAUGCCAACAGUUCAAGAAGCAGAUCAUGAGAGAAAUCCAAGAGCACAAAAUCAAGAUUUACGAGUUUCCUGAGACGGAUGACGAAGAGGAGAACAGGCUGGUGAAGAAAAUUAAAGACAAGCUGCCGCUGGCUGUGGUGGGAAGCAACACCAUCAUCGAGGUGAACAGCAAGAGGGUGAGGGGAAGACAAUACCCCUGGGGGGUUGCAGAAGUUGAGAACAGCGACCAUUGUGACUUCACCAUCCUCAGGGACAUGCUCAUCAGGACUCACAUGCAGGACCUGAAGGACGUGACCAACAACGUCCACUAUGAAAACUACCGCAGCAGGAAGCUGGCCGCUGUCACCUACAACGGAGUGGACAACAACAAAGCAAAAGGACAGCUGUCCACCAAUAUGGACACAGUUGAAGGAAUGAGUCCCCUGGCCCAGAUGGAGGAGGAGAGGCGAGAGCAUGUGGCCAAGAUGAAGAAGAUGGAGAUGGAGAUGGAGCAGGUGUUCGAGAUGAAAGUCAAGGAGAAGGUGCAGAAGCUCAAAGACUCUGAGGCAGAGCUUCAGCGGCGUCACGAGCAGAUGAAGAAGAACCUGGAGGCUCAACAUAAGGAGCUGGAGGAGAAGAGGCGUGUCUUCGAGGACGAGAGGUCAAACUGGGAGCUCCAACAACGGCUGGAGCAGCAGAAGAUGGAGGCCUCCAGGACUCUGGAGAAAAACAAAAAGAAAGUUGAUUGUCAAGUCACUUUAGACCAGCCCAGUUCCAGUCAUUUUUGAUUUGCCCCAGCCGGACCUAGCCUGUCACCUAGCAAGCUAGUGGAUCUCAGCACCUUUAGUCACCUUUUUACCGCUGUUUUCACUCUCUCCUGUGCUCUUCCUGCUGGACUAGAGGUCACCUCGGGCCUUUCUAUUUUCUAAAUACUUCUGUCUUCAAAAGAGGUCAGUUCUAUAAUUGUGCAUCCGUUUUCAGGUAUUUUCAGUGUAAACUUGAUUUGGAGGUCGUGGCCAGAAGCAGUUUAUGUAUUUAAAACAGUGACAAAACUCCCCUUCUAGGACGGCUCAAAAUUCACAGAUUAUUUUUAAUUAUUAUUAUUAUUGAUGUUAUUAUUAUUGUUGUUGUUAUAACUCAACUACUGUCUCCACUCUUGGCUACUGCUCUUUAGUUUUGUUUUCAUCCCCAAGGUGGCUUUAAAUGACCAUUGUGUACAGAUUUAUGGACAGCAAAGACGAAAACAAAUUCUCGUGAGUUAUGUUUGACAGUUGAACAAUCACAAGUUUUUCUUUAAUUUCAUGUUUACAAGAAAGAAACAGUGUUUGGAAAAUUAAUCAGCUCUCACACAAUAAAAGAUUUUUUUUUUCAAUUGAAACCUGCAAACAAGCGUCUCUUGAGUAAAGACACCAAUAAAAAAAAAAAUCUGAGAUCAAGAGAAAACAGCAUGCACCUUGGGCCUUUUUAUAGACUUUUAAGAAAUGGCUAAAAUUCAUUUUAUUCUGAAGUGUAACAAGUUCUUUUUCCUCCGUGUUUAGCCGUUUCUUAUAGCCUUGGACCACCAUUUAUAAUAAGUGUUAUAUUUCACUUUAGUUUAUUUUUAUAUAUAUACCGAGCCAGCUGAAGUAAUAACUUUUGUAUGUUUAGCAAAUUCUCACAGACAGACAACAGAGUCCUCUGUUGAAGUUGUGUAAAAGUCUCAUGGGGCUUUGAAAAGAAAAAUUGGCGUCACUGUGGAAACGGGUCAGUGGGAAAUGAAGAGUCAACACCACAUUUUGCUUUGGCUAUGUACUCCAUCUGUAUUUUUAAUUUUAUUUUUCAUUUGUAAAUGUACAAUGUCACUUAAUAAACAUGUGAUGGUA